AUGCGCCUGUCAGUCCGGGCGCCGCGCCGCGCUCGGCCCGAGCUGUUUGUAAAUUACAUUAGCCGCGCCUUUAUUGCACCCGAACCUCGGGCGACUCAAAAGCCGCCGCCCCCACCCCAAACUGCGAGCCUCGCUCCCGGCGCACCCGCCUCCCGCCGGUCUGGCUGCGAUGGCAGCGCUGGCCCGGAGGUCUCAGGCUCUCCGACCCGGGAUUUGGCGCCCGAGAAGGGCGGCGUGAGCCCAGCCGGAGAGGGACGUGGCCGCUACGCGGGCCAGGACAAGAUCUUAAGGGCAACCUUGCUGUUGUCCCUUUUCCAGUCCCUCAGGAACAGUGGACCUCAGUGUUACGGACAAAGCUGCGAGGAAGGGACCUGCUGCUCUGACAGUCUUUGUGGAAUUCGGAGAGUGUUUCUUCUGCUAUUGAAGUCGACUCCGAUAGAUGGCCUCCUGCCUCCCUGGCUGAACCAGGACUGCCCCCUCGGUUUUUAUAUUCCGCCCUGGGCCACCGUCGGCAGUAACAACAACAACAAUAACCAUGACAAUGAACACCAGAAGCCCUUACCGCGUACCUGGCUUCAGGCUAAGAGUUUUAUUCAUUCAUUUAUUACUCACAACCCUAUGAGGUAGUAGCUACCGCUGUCACGCCAAUUUUAAAUAGAAGGAAAAUGAGUCCCAGAGAAGUUAAGUAACCCAUCCAAAGUCACACAGCUUGUUCUAGAGUAAUUAGGAUUUGAAGAUUGGUUUUUCAAACUCUAAUUCUAAUCCCGGAACCAUGGAGUUUUAACCAGCCCCCGCCCUGGGGUGGGGGUGGGGGGCUCUUUGAAUGGGCUUCGGGGGGGGGAGGCUCUGCAGAUCCCAGAAAUUGUGUGUAAAAUUAUGGAUGUGAGCCCAAGUGGGCACAUUUUUCCAGGGGCAAUAUUACAUAACCCACUGGAUUCUCAAAAGGGGUUGGAGGUCCAGAAAAGGUUAAGACCAGAAGCAGGCCGACCAGAGGGAGGGAAGCUGCCCCCCUGGCAGGUCUGGGGAGCAGGGAGCCAGCCGCUCCCAAGUCCAGGCCAGGCUCCAAGCCUACUUCUGGGCCUGCCCUGCUAUCUGUGGCCACUGGCUCUCAGACCUCUUCCUGCCCAGGUCGGGGAAGGCGCUAUGGCGAGGCCACUGCUUUGGAGAACACCCCUUCCUGCUUCUCCCCCACUCACUUCUUCUGUGAACUGAACCCCAGAGCCUACUGACAGGGUGGCCUCACCACGUAGGCCAACCUCUUUCAGGCACUUCAGCCCUGCAUGGGGGGGGGGGAUGCCAUUUGGAAAUGGGGGGAGGUGCAUAAACAGACUACUGAGUGAUGGAGACAGGUAGAGAUGGGAAGAGACUUCCCAGGAGGUGCUCAAGACCCAUGUGACCAUACUCUGGAGCCUCCAGAACAUCGCUCGUUUUUUAUGGUCCUUUGCUCCCCUCAACCGGGGGUCAGAAGGGUCUCAGUCACUUCCCUUCCUUGUGCCUUUUGCUCUGGUUUUAGUGCUCAGCUGUCUUGCAGAAUCUUCCCUGCCCUGUUCAGUUCCUCUAUGCUCCUUAGCGAACUUCCCUCAGAGUCACUGUCAGAUUGUCAGGAACGUGCUGGUUUGUCUGUCUGCCCUUCUGCCUCUCUUUCCACCUGGCUUUGGGAAGAAAGGUACCUGGAUCUCUUCUCUAUGCCCUAUGCCAGCCUGGCAUAUAGCAAGGGCUCUUCAUCCAUUUUUAAAUUUUUUUUUAACAUUUAUUUAUUUUUGAGAGACAGAGACAGACAGAACAUGAGCAGAGGAGUGGGAGAGAGAGAGAGAGAGAGAGAGAGAGGA